CCUCAGUCAUCACAGUCUCCCUCUAUAUUCAUAGACAAAGAUGGGGAGGUGAGAUAUGUAGUUGGCGCAGCAGGAGGAAGGUUUAUAAUACCAGCUAUUACACAGGUGGUUUCUAGUAUGUUAUGGUUAGGAGAUGAUGUCUAUACUGCCAUAGAUAAGGCUCGAUUUACACACACACUUAUUCCUUUCACUCUCAGAUAUGAAAAAGAAUUUAAUGAGCCAAUAACACGAGUUUUAGAUAUUUUGGGCCAAAAGACGUCAUUCUUUGAUACAUUGCCUUGUAUAGGAAGAGUUGAAGUGAUCAAACAACACCAGAAUGGUACGAUUCAAGGAUAUUCUGAUAAAAGAAAGUUUGUAACAUAAACUGUCAACAAGGAUGCUAAACAAGGCAUUAACAUGACAAAAUGUCUCAACCAGUUAUCAGAAU